UUCAGUGUAACAACAUCUCUUUCGAUUUCGUGUGACUGCGCCAAGAAUAAAAAAAAACAACAACCAUGAGUUUAUUCAACGAAGAUGAAUUGACAGCUCCCGCCUGGAUAAAUCAAGAUUUCAUAAAAAUGGUAUUGGCAAAAUAUGAGAAUGUUGCAGAUGUAGAGAUCAUCAACUACGACAUGAGUCCGGCCAGCAUGAAGGGUGACCACUAUGCCAGCAUUAUGUUUCGCUGCAAAGUGGAAUAUCGUCUGGGCGACAACAUUGUCAAGAGGUCGCUGAUCAUGAAAACUCUGCCAGUGGAAGAGGAUAGUAAAAAACGAGAAUUUCUAAUGGAUUCCAAACUAUUUGAGACGGAAAUUAAAAUGUAUUCCGAAACAUUGCCGAAAUUUGAGAAAAUCUUGGCCGAGUGCGGUGAGCCAACCAAGUUAUCAGCUGGUUUAUUCUAUCACGCCCUGCAGCCCCAUAAAAUCCUGAUUAUGGAAGACUUGUGUGAGCUGGGUUUCAAUACUUUGCGUGGUCGUUACCUAACCGAAGAUGAACUUAAGGUGGUCUAUACAAAAUUGGCCAAACUCCAUGCUGUCUCGUAUAUGUUGGGUCAGGGUGAGGAACAUGAAUCGGUGGCCCAAUACCAGGAUGGUUUCAUGUCAAUCAGUCUGCCCAUGAUGAAGGAUAUGAUGUCGUAUGGCAUGAAACAUUUCUUGGAUGUACUGGAAUCGCGCGACGAAUUUGCCAUCUAUGUGGAUAAGGUUAAGGUGAUAUUCAAUGAAUUGGAAGAGGCAUGUAAGGAUCUCUUUAAUGCCUACAAAACCAAUGGCAAUAAAGGAGAUAUCUUCGUAUUAAAUCAUGGCGAUUUCCAUAUGAGAAAUAUGAUGUUUAAAUUGAAUUCCGAGGAAAGUGUAGAGGAUGUAAUGAUGGUCGAUUAUCAGAUAAGUUGUUAUGCUCCGUCUUGCAUUGAUUUGAUCUAUUCGCAAUUUAUGUUGAUGAGUCCUGAGCUGAGAAUGCGACGUCACAGUUUGAUACGUUUUUAUUUUACGGAAUUUUUAAGGAUUCUGAAGAAACUCGAUUUCGAAGGGAAACUGCCGAAAUAUUCACAAUUCCAGCAGUCGACCCUGAAAUAUCGGCAUUUUGUUAUGUACUGCAUGGGAGUUUUGCUACCCCUGGUCUUGGGCUUUCUGGCAAAACCCGCUGAGGAAUUAAAAGAAAUCGACACCACAAAAUUACCCGAAAAUCCCGAUAUGAAUGCCUAUUUAUAUUUCUCACCUGAAGUGUUUGAAGAAAUUCGCAACUUUAUGCCGGUACUACUGAACGAGGGUUAUCUGGAUUAGUUCCUGUCACCCUGUUGCCAUGUCAUAGUGAUAAGAUACAAGUUGAAGUGUUUAGAAUGGAUUGAAUAAAAUGAUAAUUAUUUUUUUUUUCGUUAGUUUAAUAGUCGUUGUUUUUCCAAUGUUAUAUUUAACAAUUAUAAACAUAAAUAAAAAAUUGAAUAAUUUAUGUAAA